UGCAUGUACAGUACUGUAGAUUAGAUACAAGCAGAGGAUGUUAUGCAUAACUGAUAACACAUCUAACAUUAGCACAGACUAGUUCAAGCUACCAUCACGGAAACAAAAAGUAGUACAACGUAGCAGCAUGGAACGCUGGAGUGGUCGUGUUGCCCUGGUUACAGGAGCCAGUGCUGGUAUUGGGGCAGCUAUCUGUAGGCGACUCGUUGAAGCAGGCAUGAUUGUUGUUGGUGCUGCUCGCAAUGAAGAGCGGAUUAAGGCUCUUGCAAGUGAACUGGCUAACAAACCUGGCACCUUAACUCCAGUUAAGUGUGAUGUCUCCAAAGACAGUGAUAUCCUCAAUCUGUUUUCUACCAUUAAACAGAAGUUUGGAGGUGUUGAUGUGUGUAUCAACAAUGCUGGAAUGUCUCACAACAAGUCCCUCUUAGAGGGAACACCACAAGAGUGGCGCGAGAUGCUGGACAUUAAUGUUGUUGGCCUGUGUCUGUGCACACGUGAAGCUGUAGCAUCCAUGCAAGAACGCAAAGUUGAUGAUGGCCAGAUUAUCCAAGUCAGCAGUAUGUCAGGUCAUCGUAUUGUACCACGUGAAGCAACCCACUUCUACACUGCCACCAAGUUUGCUGUGACAGCUCUGACUGAAGGACUACGCCAGGAGCUCCGUAGUGCAAAGUCACACAUUAGAGUUGCAGCAAUCAGCCCUGGUGUUGUGGAGACUGAAUUUGCUGGAAGAAUGAACAAGAAUGAGGCAGAGGGAAAGAAAUUCUACAAAAACCUUGAAUGCUUACAAGCAGAUGAUAUUGCUUCCUCUGUGAUCCACAUCUUGGCUGCUCCACCACAUGUUCAAAUUCAUGACAUCCUCAUACGCCCAACAGAGCAAACAUCAUAAGAUACACGAGGAAGAAAUUCGUUCAAGUUUUCCUCUACACAAAGGACAUGCUUAUUGAAUGGAACUGCCCCCCCCCCCCCGAAAAAAUAUUUAGAUUGCAGGAUCCCAUAUCUGAUGAUUUUGUAAUACUUGGUUGUACUUUGACCAAUGAUUUGAUGCUUUAAUAAAGGGAAUUAAAAUUUAA